AUGGAGUAUCCUAUGAAGAGCGUUCGGAAGUUUCGGCUUUUCCCUUCGAAGGUGAUAAAAAGGGGUUGUUUUCUAUAAUAUUUCUGAAUCAUAGAAUUCCGAAGGAGCUCGUACGCGUACGACUACAACGACUUCUCCCAAUGCUAUCCUUAUCAAAGUUCAGACUUGUCUUUUUCUAAGCUUCUGAUUCAUGUAUAGAAAAUAUCAAACGUUCAUCCUCUAACUACUGAGAUGGAAAAUAAAUAAAUUUUUUUCAGCGCGAGGUUUAUAUCAAACGAGUCUUGAAACUUUCCGACUGUGCAUUUCAAGAAUCGCAAAAUUCAGAAGUCAAGGUUUUCAAACUUUUUUUUGCUAUCUAUUGUAUUUGCAGAAAACCUUACCAACGCACAUAGAAACUUUGGAAAAUCAGUGAGUUUUGAAAAUUUUUUGAAAACUUAUUUGCUGUUUAGGUACGAAGUUAUUUCUACCCCAGAGAUUCAUAAAGUUUGAUUUAAAAACAAGAAUGAUCGGAAAUGUUUUAACUUCAGGUUGAUAAUGGAAAAUAUAUGCGAAUCCGUAAAGCGAAAUCAAACAAACCUUUCGGUCUGAAACUGAAAUAUCGGACGAAGCCGAGAAAAGAAGAAAUUGAUCUCAAUGUAAGUCGGUUCAAAGCACGCCUUGUCUUCGUGGUUUGAUAGCGCAUUUCUGAGAAAUGGAAAGGAACAUUGAAACAUAACCAUUUACAGACGGAGCGGCUCUUCCUUGCUAGUUUGGUUUGCAAACUGAGAAACAACUCUCUACUUUCUCGCGUCCAUGACAUGGGAUUCACAGAAGAUUAUCGGUGUGGAAUUAAUUGGAGCAAACAUUUCCUAUGAAUCCAACGUUUUUUAGUUUUAUUGUUGUGGACGAUGUGGGGCCAGACUUGAUGUAUUUUAUACGGCGUCAUCACAUUUUCAAGUCAGUUAUUCUAUUUAAGUUUUGUUUUAUAAGUCUCAAGAUUACAAAUACACGUUUUUGGUCAACAUCAAUCAAUCAAUAAAUAUUUAUUGGUUGUUUUAGUCAGAUGGUAUCGACUAGGCGGUGAAAAAAAUUGCUCUUUUGAGCGGCACUAACACCGCCUUUGGCGAAAAAAAGAAGUCAAAACGUGUAGUCGAUCGAAUUGAAAGCAUGGUCUUACGGUCCUUCUCCUCGCUCUUCCACAAGUUGAUCCCUCAGUUUUUGCGGGUACGGGCACGGCGAUGAUGGUGGGGCUCGGGCACGGACACCGUGUACACUCUAGGGUAGCCUCGGCCGAUUGAGAGAGCUACCACUUCGAGUGAAGAAAAAAUACACGGAACAUCAAUUUAUUUUUUUAAGAAAAAUAUAUAUAUUUAGAAAGCGCAGCCCUUUCGAGUCAAUUGAACGUGUUCAUUUUGUAAAAAAAUGUAUAUAUUAUGAAUGAACUUUGCAUUUAAUUACAAACCUACCAGAAAAAUUUUUCACAUAAAUUAAUGAAAAAAAGUUAUAUUUUGAGAUAAAUGGUUAACUAUGAUUUUUUUGAGUACUGUGACGACUUUCUUGAUCACAUACUACUCGUUCAUGGCGCUGCGGGAGCUGCACUUGUUGGGCUUUCUCCACUGCGACUUGAGGCCUUCUUCUUUUUGCAUUUCAACCCCUUUCCACCUUCGUCUCGUUGAUUUCUACUUCGUUCAGCCCAUGAGGUAUCUCUUGUUCUUGAAAAACUCACGAACUAUCUUGCUUUAGUCUAAAAGUUAAGUUCAAUCGAAAGACCGACCGAUUCUCGGCUCGCGCCUUCCAUCAAAACGUAGAACUUGACGAAAAUGCGGACAUCGAGUGCUGGCUCUACACAGUAAACAUUUAUUUCCUGAGCUUCACUCUUUUUUAGAUGAUGUUUUUGACGAGUUACGGUUCUUUGCCUUGGAAUGCUAGCAGAAGCGAAGAAGAAGCUAUUGGCCUCAAGCAGCUUUUUUUCAGUGAUCAGUGUAAGUCUAAGAGUUUGAUGUAUGAAGAAAAUACGUCUUACCAACCACUAAAUCAAAAGUUUCCCGUUUAGCCAACUACUCGUGGGUAAACUCGGCGGAUUGUCUGAAUAUGGUUCCGUUGAUUUUGGAAAAGCAGCCAGCUAAAGCUUCAGAGAAAAUAUGUAUGCAAACGGAAGAUCUACUUAUGGUAGAUUUUUUAGAUGAACUGCUGCAAGUGAACGCCAUGUCUUUUAAUGAUAAUGAGCGACCGCAAAUGGGAGAGCGAAUCGAUGAUGUUGUGGUAUUUUUUUUUUCGUGAAGGUAUUUUGCAUCUUCAUAGUUUUUAGCAACCAAAAACCGAUUCAAAGGAAAGCAGAAGAAAAAAAUCGGCAGACAAGUCUUGUAAGAGUGAUGAUUCUAGGAGGUGAAUUUGGCGAAAUUGCUCCUGAGGGAAAAAAAAUUAGAUACAGAGGAAUCAAGAUACUUACUAAAUUGAGACUGUCGUUUCAAUAUGUUAUCCAAAAGUUUGCAACCAAAACGAGAUCCGGAUAAACUCAAACUUUUUUGGUUUUAUUUUAACUCUUUUUCAAAGCCUGUCUUAACCUAGGAAGCAGUCAGUACGCCGUUGAAGUUAACAAGAUAAAUCCUCUUUUCAAGAAAUAACAUUUUGUUGUAGAAAGAGAUGGAUUUUUAGAGAGCCUCUUGUGUUAUUUUCCGAAGUUCUUUCAGAAAAACGGAUAGCUCACAUUCGCACAAACAGAAGUCGGGUAGGAUGCGGUCGAGUGGUCUGCGUCCGCAUACGCCGGGAGACCGACGACGCAGGAAAGUCCGCAGCCGGCCUAAAAUUCAACCAGUCAUCCAAACUAUUUGUUCGUUUUUUCAAAUAUUGAUUUUUUAAAUCCAAUCAAAAGUUAUGUGCAAUUCGAAUAUUCAUUUUCUAAGGUGAAACUCAAUUAAAAGUUGCUCUUAGAUUGUCAUGUGUAACUUAUCCAGGAAAAAAAUUUUUAAUUUCAGGCGAAGUGAACAUGAUUCCUCCUCCGGAUAUCAGGAAAUAA